UCACACGCUUGAGGUGUUCUGCCAAUCACCACGCACUUGAUAGCUGGCCAAUCAGUGUACACCUUGCUUUUUUAGAACGAUAAGCUUUGUAAAACUCAACGUGUUUCAGAAAGGCGGUGGAAUAGUGGAGAAACAAUAAUGUACAGUAUGUGGAAAAUAAUGUGUUUGUUUUUUACCUUAAACCACAUAAACACAUUCUAAAUAAAGCCUACAACGGAAAACUGGCUAGAGUGUGACUUCAGCCAUAUUGACAUUUUUGGUCACCAGGCUCUUGUCACUCAUUUAUGCAACCACGAUUUAUCCAAUGUUGAGGAAUUGAUGCGGUCGAUUGGACCAGACUCUGGAUUCACACAUGGCUUCUCUCUCUAGCCCUUAACUAGUUACCUUCACACACUAUGAGUCACAUAUUCUCAUUUCAGCAGCUUUAGAACUAUUUGUCAUACAGUGAGGCUCUGCCUCAAGGCAGUGAGAAUCAUAGUCCAUUAAGGAUGACUUCAGACGAGAUCCCUUUCAGUUUUGCGAAUGAGGGCUGUGGAGGGGGAAAUGCAGCUAGUCUUAAAGGACAGAAACAUCCAGCCUCUCUUCAAUACACUCAGAAGAGCAUCGCUGAGGAGAUCAAAUGGCUAAUGCAGGAACAGGACAGCUCCUCUGUGGAACUACCUCCUGUCAAACCCAAGAAGCACCAGCAAAGGACAGAAUACCUGAGAGCAGGCCAUUACCCAGAGCAACCGCACCCAGCAGAACUCCCCAUCUCCUCCAACACAGAGGAAAGCUCAGAACUAAAACAAAACAUAAAGGCAGUCAAACAGUCAAAGGUUAAGACACAAGUUUAAGACUAAGCAGUGAACUGGUUGCAUCCUUGCAGUCCUUUGUUACAUUCCCACAGCAUCGGGUUGAAGCUAGCAGUCUACAGGAUAACAUCACUCCUCGAGCAGACAGGAACACACCCAUAGCAAUGACAGGAAUCAGAGCAUUGGUUCAAAUCCCCAGGCUCACUAACUUCCUGUUCUGUUCGUCUGUCAGCAUCAGGUGAUUCAAGCGAAGAUGGAUGGUGGUUUGACCUUUCAGCAGGAGCGCUCAUCACUGGAGCGCUUCCUUCUGCAGCUCGCGCAAAAAGAGAGAGAGCUGCAUCUAAGGGAAGAACAAUUACGAGAGGUGCAAAAUCAAGACCUUGCAGCACUCACAGAGUGUU